AUGUCUCUACUUCGCGGGGCCGUCUUCGCAGCCCUCGCGACUCGAGUGGCAGCAGACCCAAACAUGGACAGUAUUGUCCCUGCUACAUUUGGCGGCAUAGCCCCUCCCUCACUUAGCUCCAUGCUUGACACCAUGGGCGGAGCCCUAGGCUAUCCGUCGCCUGCCAAAUCCAUCACCCUAGCAGACAUCAUUCCCCAGGUUGAUUCCAAGGGUCAUAGUCGCUGCUGUCCCAUCGGCACCAUCAAUGAUGGCACAGGCUGCGUCUUCCAACAGUCUUCUGUCUGUGAGGAUGGCACUGUACUCCAAGGCAAUGUCUGUGUGAGUAUUGAUGGACCGCAGUGUCCUGGAGGUCUCAAGUUUGAUGGGAGGGUCUGUCGCAGUACUGAGCCACCCAGAUGCCCCGGUUCGUCGUUAUACAACAAGGUCACCAAUCAAUGCGAGUCUCCUUAUGGGCCUCAGUGUCCUGCUACAUACCGUCUUGACAAGGGAUCUUGUAUAUCCGAGUCCCCACCGGCUUGCCCUAUUGGUUCCAGACCCCAGGAUGGUAUCUGUAUUGACAACAGUCCACCUGAAUGCACAAAGCCGAACCAAGUCUAUGACAAGGGCGCAUGUGUGAGCAAAGACCCGCCAAAGUGUCCGGAAGGAACUGAAGUCAGGGGCCGAAUAUGCUAUGGGACAAUUCCUCCAACAUGUGACGGUGAUGCCAGACUUGAUAAAGGUCACUGCGUUUUAACUCCCAAAUGCCCCCAGCAGUACAGAUUCAAUGGCUGGGUAUGCGUGCGCGAAGGUGAUCCCGUCUGCUCACCUGGAGUCUUCAAAGAUGGUGUUUGCCACGCUGAUCCUACAUGUCCGGAAGGCUGGACUUAUGACAAAGAUGCAGCUACCUGCACUUAUGUGACGGACCCUCAAUGCGCCCCUGGAACCACACUAUUCACGUCCAAGGGUGGUCUAAAGGGCUGCUGUAGGGAGGGCACAGAUGCUUUUGACGGAGUUUUCUGUACAAAGGACGUUGAUGAAUCUGGAGAAUGUCCGGAUGACUAUGAAUACAGCGAUGGCUACUGUCGGCACCCCCCUUCGCAGGGUACGUGCCCCGAGCUCCACGCGUAUGUGAAUGGAGUUUGCGUCAAGCGUACCUUGCCUCAGUGCACUUCGGGAAGCUACAAUAACGGAAAGUGUAUCUUGGGCGACCCGACGUGUCCCCAAGGAAGUCAUUUUAACGGCAAGGACUGUGUGCUCAUUGAACGACCUCAGUGUCCAGAAGAAUCCAGACUUGUCGACUCCCAGUGUAUUUCCAUGAAGCCACCAACUUGCCCUUCUGGGCAAAUAAUGGACGGCGAUGCUUGUAUCCACGAAGAACCCCCAUGGUGUCCUGGAAACACACGUCUUGAGGAUGGCGUUUGUAAGCAUCCCGACAUUCCAAUUUGCAAGGACGGCACCAAAUACCAGAACGAACAUUGCGCUCUGCCUACUUUGCCAACAUGCCCAGAUGGUAGCUCGAUCAACAGAGAUGGAAAGUGUGUUGCGAACAAACCUCCAGAUUGUCCCGAGAACUUCAACUACUGUAUCAAAACACACAGCUGUAUCCCAAAAGGACCACCCAAAUGCCCAGAUGACCUUGUUUGGGAUGGUACACAUUGCGUCAGCAGAAAGCCAGCGGUAUGCCCUGAGGGCCAUUUCAGGUCAGGUAAUAGGUGUGUCAGUAUCAAAGACCCCAGGUGUAAGGAUGGCUUUGUCUUUGAUGUCAAAUCUCAAGGCUGCGUUUCCAAGGGUGAGCCAGAAUGCAGUGAAGGAACCAAGUUUGACGGAACCAAGUGCGCCUCCCCAACUCCUCCGGAUUGUCCCCAUGAAGGUACCACAUACGAUCCUAAGACACAGUCUUGUAUCGCCGCGCCACCUUCAUGUCCCGAGGGCACUGAUCUCGUCAAUGGAGCUUGUGUACUAAGGAAGCCUCCGGCGUGCCCUGAAGGCACUGAGAUGAGGGGCGAGAACUGUAUUGCCAUCAAGGGUCCUGAGUGUGAUGGCAAUCUCACCAUGGUGGAUGGUCAGUGUGUCUCCAUAGACCCGCCUACCUGUGGUGGUGGGACUACUUGGGAUGGGUCUCGUUGUGUUAUCGGUACAAGGACUUCGUGCUUCAAUUUGGAGGUUUGCCCACCUAUUGGUGCUGCUGCACUACCAGCGCCCUCGCCUGAGAUCCCAUAA